AAGGGGAGGGGUCUCCAUGGAGUUCACUUCCUGCCCAUUACCUCCGCACGGCCGGCAACCACUACCAUGUGGCGCGCGGCCGCCUCCCACCUCCUCCGCCGCGCGCAUCCCUCGUCUCCGGCAGCCGCCACCGGAGCGGCCUGCGCGCUCCGCCACGUGCGCCUCUUCUCACCGCCUUCGCAUCAUCGUUCGCGGCCAGCGGAGGCGGAGCCGGAGGUGACGGCGGCGGAGGCGCGGAGGCUUGUGCGGCUGGUGGGCGUGGAGGCGCUCAAGCGGCGGCUGAGGGACGGGCGGGACGAGGUGGUCGGCUACGGGGAGCUCCUCGACACCUGCGUCGACGCUGGCGCCGCGCGCACGCGCCGCGACGCGGAGGCGCUCGUCCGGGCCAUGGACGACGCCGGCGUCGUGCUGCUGUUCCGGGACAAGGCCUAUCUCCACCCCGAGAAGGUGGUUGACCUGGUUCGAAGAGCUGUGCCGCUUGCACUCUCACCAGGGAAUGAUUCAAGAAAGGAAGAGCUGAAGCAGCUCCAAGAGAAGAAGGAAGAGAUCGACAAGGUGGCGCACAAGCAGGUCCGGCGCAUCCUGUGGUCUGGACUAGGUUUCUUCAUGUGCCAAGUUGGGCUCUUCUUCCGUCUUACUUUCUGGGAAUUCUCAUGGGAUGUGAUGGAGCCAAUUGCCUUCUUCACAACAGCAUCUGGCCUUCUCGUUGGUUAUGCAUAUUUCCUCAUUACUUCAAGGGAUCCGACGUAUCAAGACUUCACGGAGAGGCUGUUUUUGUCAAGACACAGAAAGCUUUGUGCCAGACAUAGGUUUGAUAUGGAAAAGUACCUCGAGUUGCAGAAGCACUGCAAGUGUCCUCUAGAAGGUCAUUAUUCUCAUGAUCCUAAGUUUCAUGGCUUGUAACACCAGGAUUGGAAUUUUGCUUCUGUUGUUGCUUGAUGGUUGAUGCUGACAGUGUAUUCCCUAAUAGUAAAUUGCUACCUUACUAUAUCUUUUUCUGCAGAAAAAUACAUACAACCAAUUUUUAAAGGAACAUUUCUAGAAAGUAGCAACGACCUAACAAAAGAUUGUAUACUUACUGUGGAUGAGUGGAAAUGAUUGAUCUUUGCAGAAAUC